CCUUCGGACACAACCCCAGGAUCGCCAAUAGGCAUCAUUCUUGGAUAGAGUGGACCAAUCAGCGACCGCCUUUGAUGAAUAUUCAUGAAUCCCUGAUUCAAACCUUUGAGCGAGUUUGUCUAGACCACUGCAUCAUACCUAGACUUUUCACAGAGACAAACUACAUUUUCUUAUGAAUGGAAAGAGAAAAAAUCAGUACAGCUUAAAUUGGGAUCCAUCCUUCACUGAGAUCAUAGAAGAAAACAAAAAAGGAAGAGGAGAGAUCCGCCAGAAGAGAUGACAAUGACUACAAUACCAGAAAGUCUUAAUAGCCCUGUCUCAGGAAAAACCGUUUUCAUGGAAUUUGGGCCACCGAGUCAACAAAUGUCGCCUUCCUCAAUGUCUCACGGACACUAUUCCAUGCACUGUUUACAUUCUGCGGGUCAUACGCAACACGAGAGCUCGUACAGUCCAGCCUCAUCAUUUCCUAGAUCUUUAGGUUAUCCAUACGUUAACUCCGUCGGCAGCCAUUCCUCAAGUCCAUAUCUCAGUACAGUGCAGUCGUACCAAAACAACUCGACACUAACACAGACACGGUUAGAAGAUACAGCACAAGAGACAGAGAAGAACACAGUUGUAGAAGGCGGAGAGGUGCGGUUCAAUGGGAAAGGGAAAAAGAUUCGCAAACCAAGGACUAUCUAUUCCAGUUUGCAGCUACAGACUCUAAACAGACGAUUUCAACAAACUCAAUAUUUGGCACUGCCAGAGAGAGCCGAGCUCGCAGCUUCGAUGGGACUCACGCAAACACAGGUAAAGAUUUGGUUUCAAAAUAAGCGAUCGAAGUUCAAGAAACUGAUGAAGCAAGGUGGUGGCACGAUAGACACUAACGCUUUAGCCCAGUUUAAUGGUCACGGACCUACGACUGGAUCUCCGGUAGCACCAGUUUGGAGCUCACCGACCACCGUGAAAACAUCCGUGGGUGCGCCAGGGUCUUACAUUCCAAGUUAUACCUCAUGGUAUCCAACUGCACACCAAGAGUCUAUGCAGCAAUCGCAACUCAUGUGAACAUAACUGUGAGCUGAUAGACCUGUCCCACCCUCUAUACUGCCAUGGCCCAUAUCAGGAGAUGUUGGGUCAACAACCCAGCGUGGCCUUGCACUGGCCCGCUGUAGCCAUGCACAGAUGUAAUCCGGAGUUUGCUCUCAAAGUUGCCAGAUGACAUAUUGGCCUCUUCAUACCGAACGACGGCACAGAGAAUAGCCUGGGAGCCGAGAGACUGAAAAGGGCACUGUCUGCGCCCAAGGGCAAGAAGUCCUGUCAUGUCCACGACAGAUACCGGAAAUUGUUUUGACAAAUGGGUCCUCAAGCUGCUGUUAUUAUCUUUUGUGAAAUUUUAAUAGGCUAUGUGUUAGACGAAAUAUAUUUUGCUGUAACAAGUCAGUGAGAGUAUAUUUAUGUAUACUAUGUUUGAUUUUAAGAAUGGCUACAUUUCUUAUCCCAAUGAUGAUUAAAAAAAAUAGGCCUAUGAAGCCGUGUAUUACCAAGGCCUAUCAGAUGUAGGCUAGGCCUCUACAGCUCCAACGAAGGUCAACAUGGUGAUUUGACCAUGACCUUAAAACCUAGCCUUUAAACAGACAAACCCCCAUUGGUCUAUAAUGUAACUUUGACCAACGAAUGUAGGCCAAUCCAAUGAAUCAUUUCAAAAAUAGCCUCAUCAUUUUUAUCUGCAUGGAUUCGAAUCUUCAGUCCGUUCCUUAGUUUUCACAGCCCGAGUUGCCCGCGCCCUUUGCGCAUGCUACCAUGCUGUCUUUGUAUGUUAAUUUAAGUUAAAUUAUUUCGGGUUUUUUCAAUGUCUGUGUCUUUAUUUAAUAUGCAGUGUGUUUGACUUAUGAAACGACAACAACGUGUUGUUAAUAAAACGUUUAAAUGAUGAUUGGCUGCUUGAGAAGAGCAUUAACGUGAUCCCGAUGAUAAAGAUAUGGUUUGUCAUUGUUUGUUAUGUGUUGAGCGGUUGGAUGUACAUAAGGACAAUAUAAUGGGCAUUUUUC